CCGGCCCGGCCCGGCUUGGCGCGGCCCCACCCGGGGCGGCUGCGCUUUCUCCAACGCCGGCUCCUGCAAUAGUAGACGCCUGUGGACUCCUGAGGCUAUAGUUCUGCCAGGAACUUGCUCCAGCGCGGGCUUCUCAUGGGGUCACAGCCCCCUUUGGGUGCAGCAGCCUGCCCUGGCGUGGGGCCCUGCGCGGGCUGCGGGUGCAUCUCACCUCCAUGCGCUGCAGGGGCACGGCUGCCUCGCCAUGGCCUGCGCCACGGGCUGCAGGGACACUCUCUGCCCCGGCACCUGGAGCACCUUCUCUCUCCUUCCCUGACUUUGGUGGCCAAGGGUUCCUUCUCGCACACAUACUCUCACUUCUGCCUCUGACUGUUGUAUCUUUGUGUUAUCAGAGAUUUGUUUUUAAGACAACAGUUGCAUCAGCAAAAAAGAAGUUGGGUAUUUAAGCUUCACUAAAUUAGUUAGUUCCAUUUCACACUAAAAAAGCACCAGAAUGGGCAAUUCUUUGAAAUUAUGUGAUAUUCUAUAUUUUACUGGGAUGCAAUAGAGAGAAAGGAAGGUGUUCAUCCUGGACAGGCCAUGUAGCAGCAUCAUGCUGAUGUCCCAAGCUGGAAGAGCAGUUGGCAACUGUUAAAAUGCAACAUUCCAUCCUGGCUAACAACUGCUCUCAGUUCAGUUCAACAGUUCAGCCUCAUGGAGAAGCAAAACUACAGCAAAUUCUCCUGUUUCUGGGAGACAGAGCCCGUAGGCUGUAGGAGGAUAAGCUGUGACUUCUUUCACAGAAAACCCCGUAAUAUAAAUGGACUUUAUUUGCCACCUAGUAACAAUGUUCCAUUGAAACAGGAUGUCCAAGGAGGCAUUCUGCAUCCAGCCCAUCGUCAGGACUCACUCAGAAAUCAAGACAAUGUUUUAGUACCAAUUCAUCCUCCACUGAUUAUAAACCUCGACGAUGAAGAGGAUGAUGAAGAGGAAGAUGAAGAGGAUGAUGACGAGGAAGACAACUAUGUUUCUAACUGGAUGCCUAAGACUGUUAUAGAUAUUGAAGAAGAAAGAGCAAUAAGGGAUCUAUGCUAUAAAUCUGGAGAGUAUUAUGGGAUUCAGAACCCUUACAAACACCAAUCAACAGAAACCGUGUCUUCACCGUGGCGAGAUGAGUUAUUACCCUUGGAAACUACUGAACAAAACUUGCAGAAAGGUGACGGUAACACAAUUCCUACAAGAUUUAAUAAUACAAGAAAAGAAAAGGAGAGUUCAGAAAGGAAGGUAUCAAUAGAGAGUAUUCCCAGAACAGAUCAUAAAUCCUUUGACAAUGGAGGAGGUGGUGGUUUUGUGAUGCAGAGGAACACAUUUAUUAAUGGGAACAGAUUUGAGGCACUACCUCGGGAAAAAGGACCAAUUAUAUCAAAGUAUUCCAAUGUGAAAGACACAAACUACACUGAACUGGUAAAGGGCCACCACUUUAAGGAAGUAAAGGAAAAUAAAAGGAUUUCUGAGGAGCGAAGAAAUGCAGCUAAUGCAGUAACUGGCAAAGGAAUUCACACUCCAGACCCCAAAGUAAAACCAAGUUAUCAACAAAGGGGUCAAAGUAAGGAGGAUGAAACUGUUUCUUCCAGUCCAUAUGGGAGAGACACUGGAAGAUACACUAAUUUAAAUUCUUCAGAACCUCGACGAUCAGCUUAUGUAGUCUACCGGACUGUCACUCAAAAGCCAAAAUUCAGUGGAUCUACAGCAGUACCUGAGUCCUAUGGUUUGAAAGGCUCCAAACAAAAGAAUCAGCCUGACACCAAUAGGAGAUUUUGUACCCAAACAGAAAACUAUGGCAAAUAUACUUCAGGAUCUUCUAAUUCACCAGCUUGGAAGAAGAGAAAUCCACAAGCAAAAUCAUUCUCUAAAUUUAAAAUAACCACUCAGCAGAGUAAAGAAGACAUGGAAAUGAAUAAAAAAGGAGAAAAAGAAACAUCUAAAUGGAAAUAAGGAAAUUAGCAACUGGAAUAUCCAAAGAUGAAGAAACUGCAAAUUCCAAAAAGAAGGUGCAGGAAGCAAGCACACUAUAGUGUUUCAAAACUGGUUAAAGAUUCUUAAAAGUAUGCUCUGCAUGGUGACAUAUAAAGAUCUGUAGCCACUAUAUUUAAUCUACUAUAAAAUUUUGCAGUUGAAGUUAUUUUUACAGACUACGGCUCUACACCAUAGACUGAUAGCUCAUAGAGAAAAAAAUCCCUAAGCAGAGUCUUCUCCUGUUUUAUUUGAUAGAUGUUUUAAGGCAUAAUUCCUAAUAUGAAUAAAUACUAUUAGUUAUA